CCUCUCUAUAUUAUUCACAUCAUUAACACGUUUCCUUUUUAUCUCUAUCUUUCUUCACAUCUUAACCUUGUUCUUACCAGAUGGCUGCCUCAGUUAAACUCUUAUUUUUGUCCUUUCUCUCGUUGUUCAUCUCUUUCUCCAUAGCUCAAACCUCUUUCAGACCAAAGGCACUUGUUCUUCCUGUAACCAAAGAUGUUUCUGCCUCAGUUCCUCAGUACGUCACACAAAUCAAACAAAGAACCCCACUUGUGGCAGUGAAACUAACUGUUGAUCUUGGUGGUGGCUACUUGUGGGUGAAUUGUGAAAAGGGCUAUGUCUCAUCCACCUCUAGACCAGCCCGUUGUGGCUCUGCUCAGUGCUCGCUUUUCGGGUUAUAUGGUUGCAGUACUGAGGACAAAAUUUGUGGCCGUUCUCCAAGCAACACUGUGACUGGUGUCUCCACAUAUGGUGACAUUCAUGCAGAUGUUGUUGCUGUCAAUUCCACUGAUGGAAACAAUCCUACUAAGGUGGUUUCUGUGCCUAAAUUCCUCUUCAUAUGUGGAUCAAAUGUUGUCCAAAAAGGCCUUGCUAGUGGUGUCACAGGUAUGGCUGGUCUUGGCAGAACUAAAGUUUCUCUUCCUUCUCAAUUUGCCUCAGCUUUCAGCUUUCAUAGAAAAUUUGCCAUUUGCUUGAGUUCUUCUACUAUGACAAAUGGUGUAAUGUUCUUUGGUGAUGGCCCUUACAAUUUUGGUUAUUUGAACUCGGAUCUCUCCAAGGUUCUAACUUUCACCCCUCUCAUUUCAAACCCUGUUAGCACUGCUCCAAGUUAUUUCCAAGGGGAGCCCUCAGUGGAAUACUUUAUUGGGGUGAAAUCUAUUAAAGUCUCAGACAAAAAUGUAGCAUUGAACACAACCCUGUUGUCUAUCGAUAGAAAUGGCAUUGGAGGGACUAAGAUUAGUACUGUUAAUCCAUAUACUGUCAUGGAGACCACAAUUUACAAAGCUGUGUCUGAGGUCUUUGUAAAAGAGGUGGGAGCCCCUACAGUUGCACCUGUGGCUCCAUUUGGGACUUGCUUUGCAACCAAAGACAUUGGGUCUACAAGAAUGGGUCCAGCUGUUCCUGGCAUAGAUCUAGUGUUGCAGAAUGAUGUGGUGUGGACCAUCAUUGGUGCCAAUUCAAUGGUGUAUGUUAAUGAUGUAAUUUGCUUGGGUUUUGUGGAUGCUGGAUCAAGCCCAAGCGUGGCCCAAGUUGGAUUUGUGGCGGGUGGUUCUCAUCCAAGGACUUCAAUCACAAUUGGAGCACAUCAAUUGGAGAACAACUUGCUACAAUUUGAUUUGGCAACCUCAAGGCUUGGCUUCCGCUCUAUCUUUUUCGAUCACAGCAACUGUGCCAACUUUAACUUUACCUCUUCUGCUUAGAAUUUGAUAUUAUUCUACUAUAUUCAAAACUUGUAUCUUAAUUAAGACCAAUGUGUGUAGACGAGGAGAUGAAUAAGUGAGGUUAUAUUUAUGCAUAACCUCCAUAGUCUUGUUCCCUUUUGUCUACAAAAUAAAGAGCACAUGGAGGACGUAUUCAUCUUACAUCUUGAAUUACUCCAUUAUACGACAUGGUUACCAUUGUUAUAAAA